AUGCACUCUUGGUCUUGGAGACAGCAGCGCCCCAUCAGCCAGCCGAGGACGCCCCGCGGUAAGGGAGGGCAGAAGGGCAAAGGUGAUGGACCCCCUCAGCGCUCCAAGGCGCUACGUGGCUUCCUAUCUCGGAUUGUCCCCGUGUCUCGUGCUGCCAUCGGGAACCCGCCGCAGAAGCCCUGGUCCGACACCUUCGAAGCGGCCCCGACAGACCCCGCUCAGGUCAAGGAUUUCAAGGCUCGUGUGUACAGGAAGAUGGACCAGAUCGAGGCUCUCGCACUUAGCGCUCACGACGCGGGCAAGUGUAGACAUUCUUUGGUGACAUAUAUUUUAGUGCUGAAACUUAUGGCCCAGUCGUGCGACGAGAUAUCGGUCCAGCUUGGAAAGAUCAAGUCGAUGCGGGACGUCUCCAAUUACAAGCUACGAGCAGUACGUGACAAGCUUGCUCAUCUCCAGAAUGAGGAGCCACAGCUGCUUCGUGAUCUCGACAACAUCAACCUGCUUUACAUGGAAUGUAAGGAUUUGGAGCAGUGCGAGCUCGAGGAGGAGGGCGCCGAGGACGACAUGGAGUGGGCGGCCACUGGCGCAGCGGGAGUAGGCCCUCGCCCUGGCGCCCGCGCUUGGCAGCAGCCCCUCCAGGCGGCCCCACCUCCGCAGGAGCGUGCGCCUGCCUUCGGCGCUCAGCCUGGCUACGUCCCGCCGCCGCCUGAGCACGCCAUCGGCGCUGGGCCCCCGCCUGCGACGAAUGUCAUCGGGAGGUUGAACGUCCAGCCCAGGUGCCCGGGGCCUCCUACGCCGCCGCCUGCGCAGCCCGACCCGCCGACUCCUGCUCCAGCGACGCCGAAGGCACCAGAGACGCUGCCCGGCUCCUGGCCGACGCCCUCGCCUCAGGCCAGGCAGGAAGUCAAGGAGGAGCUCGACCCCGCGCAGAUCCCUGCGCCUCGCGCGCUCGAGCCGAUUUCGCCCACUCAGACGAUGGCGCGAGGAGGCGCCUGCGGGGAGGACCCUUUGGUGACGGCCCCGACUUACUCGGCCACGAAUCUGAUCGUCGCCCCAGAUUCGCAAACCACCGCGGACGGGGCGACCCAGCUGUCAAACGCUGUGGCCAAGAUCGAGGAGGCUUGCAGUUGCCCAGCAGACGGGGUUGAGCGUGGCGAUGCAGAGCAGAGCCGCAGCUGGCUCCAGCGCUUCGCGUAG